AAGCUGAAUUCUUAUAAGUAAACAAAUAUUAGAAUUAUGAAAAACAAUGCACUCCAUAUUGAAACUUGAUUGUAGAAAGAAUCAAUAUAGACACAAUGUUUCACAUUUGAUUGAAGGUUUAUGGUCAUUGGCAAAGCUAUUGUAAAAUGGAAAAAGUCAAAUGGAGUCAGUAUAAACAAUAUAAAAGAAAAUUGAAGUUAUUAAAGCAAGAAUAUAUAAAAUACAACCACAAAAAUAAACAGAAAGAAGAAAUAAAAGAAAAAUUAAAAAUGAUAAAUAAAAAGCCUAAAAAUGAAGAAGUUAAGAGUUCAAUAAUUAGAAGUCUAGAAUCCGAUAAAUUAAUUACUUAUAAUAAAAAAAAGCAUAAAGAUGAUUUUUCUGAUACCUACCAUAGUUCACAUACCUCGCCAAUUUUACAUCAUCAAGAACAUCAUCAAGAACAUAAUUCAAAAAAGUAUCCUGAACAAAAUUCUUUUAAUAGUAAUAAAUCACAUGUUGAUCAAAACUUUAUUCUAAACAAACAAGUGUUUUUAUACCCUGAAAAUGUUAUACCAGAUACAAAAGACAGUGGUGUUACUGCUGAAGUAUCAAGUACAAGUAAUACUCAUGAAAUAAGAUGUGAUUUAAUUUCAAAGAGUAAACAAAUUAAGGAAUUUACCAAUGAUGUGAAUCAUAUUUUAGCUGUUGUAAAGUUGUUAAUAAAUAAGAGACCUAAGCUUGAAAAAGAUUUGGUUUUAGCAUUUGAAGAGAUUCUUCAUGACCAAAGCAGAGAUUUCAUGAAUCAAAUGCGUGACACUUAUGAUACGUUUUAAGAUUAAUUUUUUAACAGAAAAUUUUUUCAAUAAUAUUUUUGUGUGGAAGUUAUUUAUUGUAAAUUGUAAAAAAUUGUUUUAUUAUUCAUGUUUGAUAAUUUUUUUGUUUAUUUUGAUAGUCAUGCGUAAAUGAUAUAUUUUUUAAGUAUUUAUUCAAUAUAUAUUAUUUCAGUAAGAUUUCAGAAAAUCUUUAAAUAUAGAGAGAUUUUCAGAACUCUUUUUCUCAACUCUCUGUUUUACUGAGAAAGCCACGAAUGUUUUUUAUGAGCCAAGAAUAUUUAAGUACUUUUUGUUGUUGCUUAUUUGUUAAAUGGUUAUAUUUCUGUUCAAAUAAUUUCUUUUACAGAAUUUUUUGUUUGAUAGUUCAGACAAUUGUUUGGUAUUUUAAUAAAAGUUUUCAA